CCCAAGCCGGCCUCUGUGGCUCCACCCCCUUGGGGAGAGUUUGCCCCACCUCCCUCCCCUGUCCCCACCAUUCCCGAAGAUUGCCGAGCGGGAAAGGAGGGGGUGUCGUGUCGUCGCUCCUAGACGGCGUUUCCGGAGAUUGCCGAGGGGCUUCGGCCUCUCCUCUGUUCCCCCCACCCGCCUCACUCACCCCACCCGCCGCUCUAGUCUCUGGCGGCUGCUGCUGCUGCGGCCGCCACGAUCUCCUUGCUCGGUUCUUCUCGGCGCUGGCCGGCGGGCCCGAGUCAGUGUCGAGCUCCCUUGUGGCGGCUCCUCUUGUCCGGAGACACCCUUGUUGUCCAGGCGCCUCUCACGGGUCUUGACCCGACUGGGCCUCAGCACCGCAGCGGGGCUAUCGCGACCGAGGAGUUGUCGUGACCGUGAGCGGCGGAGACGGCAGCGGCUCCCCCCAGGGGAAGCGGGGCGGCCGGGGGUCCGGCUCGGAUGGCGGAGGGCAUCCAGCAGCAGCAGCAGCAGCAGCUCUUGUCCAGCGGCGGCGGAGCAGCGCCUCGAGGGGUCAAGCGGGAGCCCGAGCUGGAGCAGCCCAUGCCCGGAGGAGGGGAGGGAGGCGGCGAGAGCGGCCAGAGCAAACGGCUGCGGACAGAGGCUGAGGCGGACGGAGGCGGCGGUGUCGGCGGCAUGCAGAAUGAACCCCUAACUUCCAGUUAUCAUGGGUACCCAGCAAGAGACAGUCAGGGUAACCAGGAGCCAACAGCCACUCCUGACACAAUGGUCCAGCCAUUCACCACAAUCCCAUUCCCACCUCCCCCACAAAAUGGGAUCCCCACAGAAUAUGGGGUACCCCGCACUCAGGACUAUGCAGGCCAGACCAGCGAGCACAAUCUGACAAUCUAUGGAAGUACACAGGCUCAUGGAGAGCAGAAUACGAAUACAGCCACCACACAGAAUGGAUCUCUUACGCAGACAGAAGGAGGGGCACAGACGGACGGCCAGCAGUCACAGACACAAAGUAAUGAGAGUACUGAGAGCAAGUCUACUCCAAAGCGGCUGCAUGUCUCCAACAUUCCUUUCCGCUUCCGGGAUCCUGACCUCCGACAGAUGUUCGGGCAAUUUGGCAAAAUCCUUGAUGUAGAGAUAAUCUUUAAUGAACGUGGCUCCAAGGGAUUCGGGUUCGUAACUUUCGAGAAUAGUGCUGAUGCAGACAGGGCCAGGGAGAAAUUACACGGCACCGUGGUAGAGGGCCGUAAAAUCGAGGUUAAUAAUGCCACAGCACGAGUGAUGACUAAUAAAAAGAUGGUCACACCGUAUGCAAACGGUUGGAAGCUGAGCCCUGUGGUUGGCGCAGUGUAUGGCCCUGAAUUAUAUGCAGCAUCCAGUUUUCAAGCAGAUGUCUCGCUGGGCAAUGACGCUGCAGUGCCCCUGUCAGGAAGGGGGGGUAUUAACACUUACAUUCCUUUAAUCAUUCCUGGCUUCCCUUACCCAACUGCAGCCACCACAGCAGCCGCAUUCAGGGGAGCCCAUCUGAGGGGCCGAGGACGGACAGUGUAUGGCGCAGUGCGAGCAGUACCUCCAGCAGCCAUCCCAGCUUACCCAGGUGUGGUUUACCAGGACGGAUUUUACGGUGCUGACCUCUAUGGCGGAUAUGCAACCUACAGAUAUGCACAGCCUGCUACUGCAACAGCAGCCACUGCUGCUGCAGCCGCUGCAGCGGCUUACAGCGAUGGUUAUGGCAGGGUGUACACAGCAGACCCUUACCACGCCCUUGCCCCUGCCGCUAGCUAUGGAGUUGGCGCUGUGGCAAGUUUAUACCGAGGCGGCUACAGCCGAUUCGCCCCCUACUGAAGUGACAUGAGCCCCCCUGCAAGUGGGACAGCCCCCCCCAGUUCAUGAGGCCUGGCUAUUGCAAUAUUUACUAGUAGAGGAACUCUAUAGCAAGAAGAGGAGGAAAACAAAAGAAAAAAAACAAGAGAAAUACUUUUUUAUACCUCACUAUGUUCUUUGAAUAUGUAUUUUUCCUUUAAAUUUCUGCCUUUAAUUCUUUUGUUCCAAAGAUUGUGCAUUUUUGUUUUUUGUUUUUUUUUUAAACUGUGGUAAACAUAAUGCAUUUCCAUGUCUGUAUAUGCGUAGCUUACCUUACCAAUCACAAAAAGAGAUGAAUAGUGCUAAGGAGCACCUUUAGGAACCAAUAUCAUGGAACUAAAUCAGGAAAAUGCAGAUGUUUAUUUUACCUGGGUCUGCUGCCUGAAGCCUGCAAUACACGAGGAAGAGCCCUUGCACAGGGCCUUACUGAUUGGCUGCAGCUGGAACCUGCAUGCUGGUUGAAGACACAAAUGUUCCCCAUUUUAUUGCCAUCUGGCACACAUGGGCUCAGGGCAGUUCCAGAAGCGUCAAGAUUUUACAGUUUUCAAGACAAGACUCCCUAAAGCUGCCCAAAGACUUUGUCUGUUUAAUGGUUUUAGGGGACAAGACUUGGAAAAACAAAUUGUGAUCCUAUUGCUUCUAUAUAUACACAGAACUUCAGUGAUUGUUCUCCACUACCAAGACUCUACUUCUUAGUUCCUUUCACUUGCUAUGGUCUUCCUCUCUUCCCGUCCCCUCUGUCUUUUCUUUCUUGGAUGAGCAGCAGGCAUGGGACACUGACCGCAGAACUUGAAGCCAUGGCAGAGAGAGUUCCGUCUUCAGUAACAAGUGUGAUAGCAAAGUGUACACAGCCGCAAGUUACAGAGGAAUGGUUACUGGCGGGGGGGAGCUUGCAGCAGUCCUUCUCGGAGCUACUCAAAUAUCUUUUCUCCCUGUGAAACUUUGCUUUGCUGCAAGUACGCCACUGAAAAAUUGCAUGAAAAGAGGAAAAGGUGCAACCUGGAUCAUGAUCCCAGAAAAGGGGGUGGGGGGGGGAGGAUCUUUGUGUCAUAACACUAUUCUGGAAGUCAUCUUCAACAUCUGGGAACAGGCAGAAACAUAUUUGAAACAAGAUUAGGAAACGCAGGAAAUGCCCAUCUUGAUACUUACAAAUAGACCUUAGCCCUCCUUUGGGCUCCAGUGGGCCAUUGUGCCUAUCUGGAGAGAAAUCUGUAUCCAGCCGGCUUAGCUUGGGUGCGUACUGCAGGUUGCAGGCUGAGCCCAGACUCUGAGCCCAGAGAUGGCUCCUUCUGUGUUUUCAUCAAACAUAGAAUGCCCUUUAUUUUUUGCAGCCAGUGUCAUGUCAGUCACUAUAGAAGCAUGAAUAUGAUGACAAGGAAGCUAGUUACCGUUCUCAAAUAUCUGACACUAAUUUUGGAACUCAAAGGGGAAGAAGAGGCCCCACUUUGCCCUCUUGGCUCUCAUGAUUCUCUUGGCAUCUCUAGCAGAUUCUCUGUAGCUUUUAUCUUCAAAUCCCUACAUAUUAGAGAAGCACAAUUCCUUUUGGCUCCUUGGUCUGCCUGAAUUGGUACUGGGUGAAUUUUCACCCCUGAAAGGGCAGCUAGGGGGUGGACUUCGUAGCUGAAGCCUUCUAAACUUCUGACGUCGUCCACCCACCCAUGAUGUCGACAUAGGAAUGGAGACAUCCUGAAGGCCUUCAGUGAACAGGGCUCUAGAGGAGGUCCACUGAUCCAGCCGCGCACAACUCGCAUCUUUGCUCCCACUCCCAUGCCUGCCCUCUUUGUGCUUGCCAGAGAAGACUGAGGAUGCCUGAAGCAAGACCUGCAGGGGCGCUCUUCAUAAAGCUAGAGACUCUGUUGAUUCUCUGGAACAAGGUGACACCAAACUGCCAGCCUGUUGGCCACUUUUUGUUUUUGUUUUUAUUGACUUGUUUUUCCAAGCCAAAGUUUGGUUUGUUGCUGUUAUGACAAUUUCUGUUGGUUUUUGCAUAUAAAUGUUUUAGUUAGGUUGAAAGAGGGGAGCGGGGUGUUGGGGCUUUCAUAAAAUCAAGGAAAUGAGGAAGGUGGGGUUUUCUGGCUUAUAUUAAUUUUCUAGUGUCAUGUUCACCUGUUUCCAUCACAAGGCAGAUGUGGCUGGGACAGGACUCCUGCCUGGGGAAUGAGACACAGCAAAAAGCCUAUGGAUUAAGCAACCACAUGAGAUUAUUGUUUUGCUGGUAGUAGCAAGAAGGAUGCAUCUUGCAUAACUCUACAGCAGCUCUUGGGGCAGCUGGCUCUGUAACAUCUGAAAUUCGGAACACUUUCUGGGUACCAAUGAAUUCUCCAAGCACUGUAAUUCUUGUAUGAAAGUAUCUGAGCACCACUCAGUCCUUGGUCAGAAAAGGCCAGGUAGAGUCAGUAGCACUUUCCAUACCAAAUUGAGUAGUUCCUGGUUUGAGAAUUUGCUGCCCUGGAUUUUCAUCCUAGCGAAGCUGCAUUGCGAGCCCGGCAGGGUGACUGGCCUAAGAAACUGUUCUUACCUGUUUGUUUCCCUAUCUGUAGAAGAAUAAGGCAACCUCUUUUGUAAAAACACAGUGAGAACUGUGGUUGAAGAACACUAUUAUCAAUAUGUUUUCAUGUCUCGGUGUCUCCAAAGCCUAAAAACAUCAAUUGAAUCCGUUUUGUUGCAUAGCAGCUUUUCAGUAAGUUGUUACACUGUUGCCCUUUAAUUUCUAGAGCAGCUGCAACCUCUUAAUUUGGAUACAAAGUUGGGGCUUUUCAAACCCUCUUACGUCUCCUUCCCGUUAUAGAUGCCUAGUAGGUAUGUGUGUGCGCGUGGGGCCGGGUGUUGGGGGGAGAUGACACUUUGGACUUCAAGAAUGGAAACCACCUUUAGGUAACAUGUCUCUUGCUGUGUCCCACUCCUAAAGGGAAAGUCUGCAGGCAGCCUGGGGAAUAGGACGCUGCUUGUCAGCCUCGAGCAUGCCAUUGUCUGGGGGAUGGGAGGUUUAGUGUGUGUUGCCUGUUUGCACUGGUUUUAAAAUAGGAAAUGAAAAUCCUAGUGAACAAGGUAAAGAGCCAGUGUAAAGUUCUGUGUGUUUUUAUUUUGUCAUGUUCUUGGAAAUGUCAAACAUAUUGUAGUAUACACCGGUGUGACUUGAUUCUUUGUUGCAUAAAACACUAUUUUGGUGAUGUUACUGUCUGAACAGCCCACCCCUCUCUGCCCCCUCCCUCUCCUGUUUUGAAGUUGCUUUUAUUCUGUAAUGAAGCAAACUUCCAGUCAGUGAGGCAAAGCUGGCUUCUGUUAGUCUGAAUGAAACUGGUUCUUUCCUAGUCUUUUCUGGAUGUUCUCCUUUGCCCUAGUCUGGCUUAAUCCCAAGACUCAAAGUGCAUUCUCCUGCCCCUCUCAUGUGAAGGAAGAUAUCCGUUUUUCAGAGCUGGCUUCCCUAACUAAUGGUGGGGAAAAGGACAUGUUGGAAAUAUUGUGAUCCUCUGCAGUAACUUGGUCCAGUUGACACAUUUCCAGGCUGCAGCUAGCUAGGGAUUACUCGGGAGGACUAGAUAAAAUCAGCCUAAGCGCUGCUAGUUGAUGAGGAUUGGUAAUGGAUUAAAAAACCUGCUCAUUAACGGACAGAAUCUUUCCUGCCAACUUUUUCCCCCUAAAGCCGUCCACUGGAGAGUUCAUUUUGCUAGUAGUCUGCAUCAUGCCACUUAGUUAACGGUUGAUUUUUAAAAAAUGAAUCUUGAAAGCCCCUUGAGGGUGGAAAACUGAAGUGCACUGUCUCUUUCAGAAGCAAUGGUCAAGGAAUCUAGCCUGCAUAUUCAGUUUAAAUCACACAGAAAUUAUGUUCCCAGUAUUAUGUAUGCUUUGUAGUUCUGGCAUCUCACUUUGACAGCAAUCUAAUUAGUGAUAAAGUAAUCAUCCUGGAGUUUUUAGGUUUUUGGUUUUUUUUAAUCUUUUGUAAAUAAUUGGGGCAAAACCCUGGCCCAGUGGCAAAUAUCAGGCAGGACUGUAAGGCAGUACCAAGAUGGUUGAGAGUUUGCUGACCGCCCAGACUGACUUAGCUAACACUUGGGAGUUCUUCAAUGCAAGGCCUAAAAUGCCCCAGACUGACGUCUCCUGCAUCUUGCCCUCACCAGGUACCCUGGAACAUAGGAUGCAUUGUAGUUAGAUUCUCUCCCCUCCUCCUGGUUCAUUUCCCAGGAUGCCCAGGCUGCUGGUCCAGAAUCUCAUUGCCCUGUUGACUCUGGAGAAGCAGCAUUUGCAUCACAGGACUUUGUGGCAGUCUCUAACAUCCCUCUCCCUCCCCCUGGUUAAGUAUCAUAUUGUACAGUAGCUUUCAAACCAUACAGUAUUCAUUGGGUUACUCUUAUUAUUAUCAAGUAGCUGGAAUUGUGAAGGUCGGAGUAGUUAGAUCUUUAGCUUUUAUUCCUUUUUUUGUAUUACUAUCCAUGUGUAUAAAUUAUUGAUCAUGUUGCUGGCUUUUAUAAACUCUAAGCAAGGGAGGAGCCCUUCUUCACCCUUUGCAAAUGGUAAUGAAGCACUGUUUUUAAAUAAAAGAAAGAAACACCA